GUGGGCGCGCCGGCCGCGGGGCAGUGCGGUGGCAUGGCGGGCGGCGGCGCGCAGUGCCUCAGCUUCGCGGGGUGCAACUUCUUACGGCAGCGGCUGGUGCUGUCCACGCUCAGCGGGCGGCCGCUGAAAAUCCGCAAGAUCCGCGCCAAAGAAGAGGACCCCGGUCUCCGCGACUUUGAAGCAUGCUUUAUUCGCCUUAUUGACAAAGUGACAAAUGGCUCUAGGAUUGAGAUAAACCAAACAGGUGAGAUCUGUUUUCUCUUCUUCCUCUGUUGCAGUCUUCCAGACUCUAUCUUACAGGGAGGCUGUGUUGAUUCAACAAACCAGAGCCUUGCUCUGCUGCUCAUGACCCUUGGACAACAAGAUGUUUCCAAAGUCCUGUUAGGACCUCUGUCUCCAUACACAAUUGAGUUUCUGCGACACCUGAGAAGCUUCUUCCAGAUCAUGUUUAAAAUUGAAAUGAAGUCCCCUGAAGAAGAAUGCAAGGGCGGAGAGAAAGUCUUAAUGACAUGUGUUGGCACUGGAUUUUCCAACCUUAGUAAAACAAUAAGAUAAGAAGCUUAUCUGCAGACUUUCCAAAAUGAGAUAUCAGAAAACAUUGCAAAAAUUUGAUAAAAAGUGUCUUCCCCUCUACUUAUUCUGGCACCAGGAAAAUCAGUGCACAGGUACUCAAUCUUGCUUCAUGUGAACAAUAAAAUUACUUCAGGCUGUUUA